AAUCAAGUUUCGUGUUAAUUUUCUAAAUACAUAUGUACUUACCUACCUACUUCUUUAUACUAUCUAUUGAACAAUAUCGUUUAAUAACACAUUGGUCAAAAUUAAAAUAGGUUUUAAAAACUAAAAUGGGUUUUAAAAGUAUUAAUUGAUAACUUUAAAGCAAGAUGCAACAAGAUCCCGUGUGUCGAGGCUGCCUGGCCACCGACAGCAAGUUCUCCGGCCUCCGCGACUUCCACACCGCCCAGGCUUAUGAGAGUCUUCUAGGCAUUCCGCUCCGGCUGCCGGAUGGGUUCCCGGAGCAGCUAUGCUCUUUCUGUACGAGGUCUGUGCACAAGUUCACAGAGUUCAGGCUGCGGUGCCUCAAGGCAAUGGAGGUGCUGCAUCUGGCACGGAUGGAAGGCAGAUUGGUAGCAAGAGAAUAUGUUAAUUCAGUAAGAUCAAAUCAUCCCGAGCUGAGACCUCGGUACACUCAAACGGAAACAUACACGUCGGAAAUUCUCAAACAAGAUGAAGAUGACCUGUUGAAUUCCAUGGGCACUUUCAUAGCUCUGGAUAUCGAAAAGGAAGAUGCGUUAAGUGACACUAACCACGCAGAUAUAGAACCAAAACUUGAAUAUGACGAUAUAAAAGUGAUGCCUUACGAAAUAUUCGUAGAAGAUGUCAAUAUAAGAAAGAGAAACAAUAUAAGAAAAAAACCAAAACGUAAAAUAAGGAAAAGUAAAGUAAAGGAAGUCAAGAAAUUAAAAAAGAAGACCAAGAAACGGAAAUCUGAUAGGGAUAUUGUAAUAGACUAUGCUAGAUCAGCCGGCUUCGACAUAACCUUUUUAUCUCAAGAAGAGCAGAUAAAAGAAGUGGAAACAAGAAAGAAUGAGAAGGUCUCAAGCGGGCACAACUGUCCACAAUGCGGGAAACAUUAUGACAAUGCAAACGCAUUGGAACGACACAAGAAAAACUAUCACGUGUUAAAACCUGACUUUUUCAUGUGCGAUAUAUGUUCUUGUGUGUUUAAAAACAAAAGAACGUUACGGUCCCACAUGGUGAAUCACAGUUGGGUGUUCACGUGUCUAACGUGUAGUUUCAAGACUAAACAGCGACCGGUUUUACGGAAACAUAGGCAGUUUCAUGAAGGGAAAAAGUUUUCUUGUAAAUAUUGUGAGAAGGAAUUCACAAAAUCUACGACAUACUUCACUCAUGUGCGGUUGAGGCACGCGUGCGAGCUCUCGUGGUGUGAUUUGUGCGGGGAGUUCUUUAUCAGUGCGAAGGGAGUGGAGAAUCAUAAGAAUCUCAGCCACAAUAUGGCCGAGGAGUUUCCCAGCGCUUGUAGGAAGUGCGAGAAGAGGUUUCAAAGCGACGAGGCGUUGGAGAGACAUGCAGUUGUUAACGGCUGCGGCCGGCCGAGCUGCGCGCGCUGCGGCGACGCGUUCCUCGACGACGAAAUCCUGAAGCACCACCUCGUGCAGCGGCGCGAGUGCGCGGCGGCCGAGCGCCACGAGUGCGGGCGCUGUCGCAUGCGCUUCCACAGCGCGAGUGCGCGCGCGCGGCACGAGUGUGCGCGCGCGGCGUGCGCGGCGUGCGGCGCCGCGUGCCGCGACCGCCGCGCGCUGCUGGCGCACGUGCGCGCGGCGCACGAUAUCUUCACGUGCGGACAGUGCGGCAAGCGCUUCUCCAACUCAGCUUAUCUCCGGCGUCACUUCGCGCUGCACUCGCACGCGAACGAACGCGCGGGCAGACAGUGCGGACAGCCCGGGCAGUACAAGAAGUACCCGGGCGGGCUGACGGCGCUGCGCGCGUGGCGCGUCGAGCGCGAGCGCGUCGCGCACGAGCGCGUCGCGCCCGACGGCCGCGCGCUGCGCCGCGACGAGCGCGAUCUGCCCGCUAUGUGCGAGCUCUGCGGGAAGAAGUUCCGGAACAUGACGCAACUGAAAACCCACCAGCAGUUCCACUCGACCGAGAACCAGUUCUCGUGCUCAGUCUGCCCCAAGGGGUUCAAGCAGCGCGCGCAGCUGCUGAUGCACGAGCGAGUGCACACCGGCGAGCGGCCGUACAAGUGUCCCGAGUGUCCGAAAGCGUUCAAGACGUACCAGGCAUACACUAGACACUUUUUGAUCCACUCGGGCGUGCGCAAGCACGUGUGCCAGCAAUGCGGCAAGUCGUUCCAGACGUCGACGGCCGCCAAAGCGCACGUCACCAGCGUGCAUCUGCGCAUGCGCGCGCCCAGGCUGCGCCGGCGCCGCGGCGAACUACUGUCUCAAUAAAUUAUAUUCUAAUUGUA